CCCUCCUUCCCUCCCUCUUCUCCCGCCCGCCCCGUCCUUCCACUUCCUGGGGCCGGCGGAUGGCGGCGGCCGCCCCGCACCGCCUCAUGCCGCCGGCCCGGUAGCGGGGCCGCGCCGGGGGCCGGGCGGGGCGGCCAUGAGGGCGGCCUGAGGGACGGUCCCGAGCGAGCCCCGGCCAUGGGCGAGAGGCGGCGCGGGGAGAGCGGCGAGCCGGGCACGGGUUUUCCGGCGGAAUCCGAGGAGCUGUUGGAGCGGGCGGUGGAGCUGCUGCGGAGCUGCUGCCGCGAUUCCGGCUCCCAGCAGGGAUUCCGCUACAGCCAGGCCAUCCUGGUGGAGAACGAGCUCUUCCGGAGCGAGCUCCGAGCCUUUGCCCGCGCCAAGGCGGCUGCCGGGUACAGCCCCGAGGAGCUGCGGGAGAGCUUCGCCUUCCUCCUGUUCGAGCGCGAGGACGAGGCCAGGGCGGUGUGCCAGCGCGGGCUCCGCGUCAACAGCAGCUCCCUGCGAUCCCUGGGAGAUCCCGCCAAAGGUGUUUACAUUUCCGAAUAUCCCGACUGGCAGCGCGGCAAAUCCGGCUUCAUCGUCAUCUGCCGCCUCAUCAAGGGCAAGGUGCGUCCGGUCUCCGAGAGCUCCGGGAGCUGCAGCCGCCCCUCCCCCGGCUACGACUGCCACGCCUCGGCGCGGAGCGGCCAGUGUUACGUGUUCGAGGUGAGCGGCGGCGGCGGCGCGGCCGAGCGGCCCCGGCAGGUCUGUCCCUACAUCCGGCUGGCCUGGAGCCGGGAAACGCGCCCGGAACACGGAGCCGGAAUAGCGGAGCAGAAACCCCAAGCCCCGUGCCGCUGGCGGGGUCAGCUCUGCCUGCGGGGUCGGCGCCUGGGAACCAUCGCCCUGCGCAGCGCCCACGGCGCCGUCCCCGCCCAGCUGCCUCCCACCCUGGAUCUCCGCCACGUGAUGGAAUUGACCGAGCUCAGGAAAAAACUCCCGGAAGCCGCGUUCCGGAAAAAAAACUACACCGGGAACGACGUUUGUUUCCAGGGGUUUUUCUGCAGCCUCUACGAGGUGGAAAUAACAGCCAAGGAUCGAUCCCGGCUGGAUCCGCUGCUGGAAAAGCUCAAGGAAAAGGAGCUGGCGAUCCUGAAAUUCCUGCGGGAGCGCGGAGCGCUGCUGCUGCUGCCGGCCCGCGCUGCUCCAUCCGAGGAUCCCGGCGGCCUCGUGGCGCUGUUCCUGUUCCCGGCUCCACGCGGCCUCACAGUUGAAAAGCGGGAUCCAGCGGAUCCAGAGGAUCCAAAGGAUCCGACGGAUCCGAGGGAAGGCGGCGCCAGGAGCGACUUCUCCCUAAAAAUCUCUUCCGUCCUCCCCGGCCUCCGCUACGCCCUGCGGAAAGCGGCCGAUGAUUCCUCCGGAGAUUCCUCCGGAAUUCCAUCCCGAAACGGCUCCUGGAUCCAGGAGCACCUCCAGGAAUAUUCCAAACUCCAGGAAAACUCCAAACUCCAGGAAAACUCCAAACUCCAGGAAAGUUCCCAGCCCGUUCCCGAUCCUUCCUCCUCCUCCUCGUCCAGGGAUGAAGGCGCUGCCUCUUCCCAGAAAAUCUCGGAGCGUUCCCUGGCCCAGCUGUGCCGGUACCUCUCCGCUCCCGACGGAUACGCCCUGGGAAUAGUGGCGGCUUUGGAAUGUCUGAGCGGGAAUUCGGGAUCCGACUCCGGGAAUCCCUCGACGCCUCCGGAUGGAUUCUCCAAGAGUUUCACCUCUCCCACCAAACCCUGGGGCAGGGAGAACAGGAGGAAAUCCAGCCGGAUCCUCAGGAAGACGCGGAUUCCUGGGAAAAACGACGGCGGGAGCGAGGAGGCAGCAAAGAAAAAAUCCGGCGCUUCCUCUUUUCCCAAAAAAUCGGGAUCGGGGCGGAAUUCCGGGCAGCCCAUGCUGAAAUUGGCCAACCUGAAACUGCCCCAUGGAAGGAAAAGAGGCGCGGAGGUGCUGGCGGCCGAAAUCAUCCACAAGGAUGGAAAUUCCGCUCCCGACGCUCCCGGCCUGGAAUCCAAGAGGCCAAAAACUCUGGAAAAAAUCCCGGAGCUGAAGAAGAUUCCCGAGGGCGGCGCCAAGGCGGGAAAAAGCAAAACGCAGAAAAAUCCGGAAAAAUCCGCGUCGAAAAGUCCGGAAAAACAGCGGGAAGAGAACGGCCGGGCGGAUCCUCCCUCGAGCCAAUCCCGAUCCUCCGGAGCCGCCAUCCCGGGAAAUUCCCUUUAUCCCUCCGCCAUUCCCGACUUUUCCCUUCCCGAUUCCCAGUGCGAAUCCCACGCCCUGAACCUGCUGGCUGAGCUGGCCUUGAGCUCCUGCAUUCCCGCUUUUCUUCCCGAGGAUUCCGGGAAUUCCCGGCCCCCGUUCCCCACUUCCGACCACAAAUACCACAGGGCGGAAAAACAGAGCGGAAAAUCCUCCCCGAGCCGGAACCUUCCGGAAAAAUCCCAUCCCGACAUCCCGGAAUCUCCUCCCGCCGAGGAAACCUCGGGAAUGUCGAGCGGGAAUCCCGAAUCCCGGGAAGAAUCCCGGGAAGAAUCCCGGGAAGAAUCGCGGGAAGAAUCCCAAAGCUCCGAGCUGGACACGCGCUCCAUCAUCUCAGCCGAGCAUUCCUACGCCUCCCCAAUGCCGGACGAUCCCAAAAAAACCGGGAAUUCCAAAGGGAAUUCCCAUCCCGACCUCGUGGCUCCUUCCAAGAGCGGCUCCAGGAAUUCCUCGGCGGCUCCUUUGGUGGGGAAGGUGCUGCCGUUCCGGCACCAGCGGAGCGGAGCCUCGGAGCUUCCCGGUUUUCCCGGGAAAAAGGAGGAUUUUUCCAAGAGGCACACGGUGAAGGUGAGCGGGAAUUCCCUGCGGAUCACGUUCCGCUGGGAGGAGGAAUAUCUGUUCCAGCUGGACAGCCGCUACACCAACGAUUCCCUGGAAAAAACCGUCAUCCGAGCCCUGCACGGGCCCUGGAAUCCCGAAAUUCCCGACGACGUGGAAGGGAUGAAGCUGAUCCUGCACAUGUGGGUGGCUCUGUUCUACAGGAAACCCAGCAAGCUCCUGAGCAGCUCCAGGAAAGUGGUGGAGCACAGCAAUCCCAGGAAAUUCGUCUCCAUCAGCAGCUCCGGCCGUUUCCCGGAGCUCAGCGACGACAGCCAGGAUUGCUUCGGCUUCGAGACGCGGUCGGCGGAUUCCGGCUCCGAUCCCGACCAGAUUCCCAGCAGCUCCCUGGAUCCCAAAAUCCCUUCCCAGCCGGAGAGGAUCCCGGCAGAUUCCCAGACGGACGCGGACGGAGCGGCCGGAGCCGUGGACAGCACGGUGUCCUCGUCCUCGGAGCUGCCCCGCGGGGAGGAAGAGGAGGAGGAGGAGGAGCCUUCCUCCACCAGCUGUGCCGAGGGCCUUUCCCUCCAGGAGAAUUCCAGGGAAAACCUGGAUAUGGCAGACAGGGAGCUGGAAGCCGUUCCCGAGGAGAGCGCGCGCGACAUCUCCGGCGUCAGCGAGGAGGAGCCGCUCACGGACACCCUCAGCCCUUCCCAGGAUCUCCGCUCUCCCAGCAAAUCCCGGGAUACUCCGAGCCCGGAAAACCCCGGGAUCCAAACCCCGAAUUCCAGCACAUGGACAACCCCCCGCUCACCUCAGGAAAACCAGGAAGAGCAGGAAAACCAGCGGGAAGGAGAAGGCGGCUCAGGGAGCGGCCCCGGCCCUCCCGAGGAUGAGGAAGGAACAGGAGACUCCGGAGAUUCCCUGGAAGUUGAGGAUGAUCCACAGCCUCCCUGUGAUUCCGUGCCCUUGGAAGUGAAUCCUGGAAGUGCCGAGCCCGGGGGAGCCGCUGAGGAAGGGGAGGAAUCCCAGGAGCCUUCGGAGCACUCGGAAAAAGAGGAGAGGGAGGAGGAGGAGGAGGAGGAGAAGGAAGAGCUGGAGGAUGAGAGCUCCUUCCUGGGCCCUGUGGAUUUGGUGCUGUCGGAGAGCAGCGAUGCCGAGAUGGAAUGUGAGCGGAAUCCAGGGAAUUCGGCGGCUCCGGGGGAGUUGGACCUUCCUGAAGAGGAUCCCGUGCCCAGCCCCACCUCCCCGGCAUCGCCCUGUCCCGACGGGGCCGGGAACGACCCCGGAGCGUUCCCGGAGGAGACGGAGCCGAACCGGGAUGAGCUCCCAGAUCCCUGGGACGCUCCGGCCACGCCGGGUUCGGAUUGGGAUGGGUUGGGAUCAGGCGGGCCGGGGUCACCCCCCGGGACCAGCCCUGCCCGCGGGGAUCAGCCCGACAGCGGCUCCGAGAGCCCCGGAGCUGCCGCGGACGCGCUCGGCAGCAGCUCCCGGCGGGAAAACCGGGAUUCUCCCUCCGGAGAAAGGUGGGAACGCGCUGGGAGCGCGGAGUCGCCCCGCGGGCAGGGAACGGCCCUGUCCCCUGACUCCAGCUCCGUCUGCCUGACCUCUCCCGACGGAUCCGUGGAUCCCUGGGCCGCUCCGGAGGAUCCGCCGGGAGGGAGCGGCCGCUUCCCGAGGCUCUGCGGGGACGACGCCGAUCCCGACCUGGAUUCCCGGGAUGCCGAGGGGUCCGGCGGGAGCGGAAGCCCCGCUGCAGGCGGCGCGGAGGAGCUGGAAGAUCCCACGGGAUCCGGGCACGGCCGGGAAUCCCCCUUGGACUACCUGGACGUGGAGGACGAGUGCCGGGCUGGGCACGGCGAGGACGCGUUCCUUGGGAUGGAGAAUUCCCCCGGGAAUGACGGGAAUGACGGCGGGAGCGCGGAGACGGAGCCAGAGAUCCCUCUCCACCAUCAGCACCUGGAAUGGGAGCCUUCCUCCUCCUCCUCCUCCUCCUCCUCCUCCCUGGGGGUCUCGGAGCUCCCCAGGCAGCAUCGGAGCUUCCCGAGCCCCUCCGGAGACGCUGCUCCCGUUUCUCCCGCUGCCGGAGGCUCCGGUGCCGGCGCUGCCGCGGCGCCCGGCCGGCGCCAGUCGGUGCUGUGCCGCCUCUGGAAGCCGUGCCGGGAUGGAGGAGCCGUGCAGGUCAGCGUGGCCGCCUGGAGCCCGGAUGGAUCCUUGGAUCCCGGCCGCUCCCGGGAACCCGAGAAUUUCCCGGAUCCGCGUUCCCCUGCCGAGCCGGGAUCGGCGCCUCCGUCUCCUCCGUGGGACGAGGCCGCGGAGCCGGGAUCGCCGUUCCCUGAGGAUCUCCCUGGGACGUUCCCUCGCUCUCCGGACAGCGCCCGGUGCUCCGGGAGCCGCGGCAGCCCUGGGAGCCGGGAUGGGGAGGAGCCCUUCCCGCCCCAGGAUCCCGAAGGAGACGGAAUUCCCAGUCCCGAGCCUUUCCCAGCCUGGGAAUGUCCCCAGCCCGAGCCCUGGGACUCGUGCGAGCACAACCCCGAGGGAUCCCCGGCGUUCCCCGAUCCCGACUGUGCUGAGGCAGGAGAGGGAGAAAUUCCCGCUUCUCCCAUCCCAGCGUCGCCGUGGGACGAACACGGGGACGUUCCCGGGGAAAACCUGGAAUUCAGCGAGGCCGAGGAUUUUUCGGAUGGGCUCCCAAGGGAAGAGCAGUUCCCGAGCCAAGACGCUGACGAGGGCUCGGCCUUCGGAGAUCCAUCGGAAAAUUCCUUCGGUGACUCAGACCGGGAAUAUUGGGAGGGGGAUUCUCGCUCCCCAAUUCCCAGCGGGAAUUCCUGCACCCUGAGAUCCACGGAUGCUGCAGGAUCCAGGACUACCCGGGACAGCUCCCCCGGGAGCCACACGGAGCGGCACCGGGAGAUCCCCUGGGAUUCCGGGAUGGCGCCGGCCGGGCAGGGCCGGGAGAGGACGGAAAAAUUCCGACAUCCCGAAAGGCGCGGCCGCCGUUCCCGGGAAUCCCACCUGGCGCGAUCCCUGCUGGGCACCUGGAGGGGCUCCGAGGGGAUCACGCAGAGCACGUUGGACAUGGAAUGUCUCCGCUUCCAUUAUAAGCUAAAGGAAAUCCUAAGGAACGUCAAACCUCCCUUCUCUACCUCCAAAAGCGUUUUCCCGGCGGAAUUCCCGGCUCGGAGCGGCUCCGUCCCGCCCUCCCCGCGCAGCCGGAGCCCCUUGCGGGUGACGAUCCCGCUGCCGGCGGGGCUGCGCUGCCGGAGCCGCAGAUCCCGGGAUUCCCGGGAAUGCCGGAAGGCCGCCCCGCGCCUGGGGAAGCUGCGGUACGAGCGCGCCCCGUCGGAGCCGCGCGGAGACGUCGCCGGGAUCCUGGAGGAGUAUUCCCAGUUCCAGAGGGUGCUGCUGAACGGGGCCCGGGCCGAUCCCCCGGAGCGGGAAGAGGCCGGGAAGGGCCGGAUGGGGAUGGGGGAGCUCGGGGGGACGGUGGCGGAGCUGGACGGGGCCCUGCGCUGGCACCUGCGGCGCGUGGCCGCCCGCCGAGAGCCCGGAAUGUUCUUCCUGCUGGAGACCGGCGAGGAGCCCUUCUUCAGCAGGGUGGAGGCCGUGCUGAAGGCCGAGGGUUUGGUGCGGGCGGAGCCGCGGGAGCUCGGCGGGACCCGGCGCCGCCGCCGGCUGCUGGUGGUGGUCAGGAAUGAGGACAUCUCCUCCCACAUCCACAGCGUGCCGUGCCUGCUGGAGCUGAAGCGCUGUCCCCGCGUGGUUUUCGCCGGCGUGGACGAUCCCGAGGAUGUGGCGGCCGACACAUUCCAGGAGCUUUUCCAGGCCGGAGGAUUUGUGGUGUCGGACGAGGAGCUGCUGGAAAGGGUGACCCUGGGCCAGCUGCAGCGGGUGGUCAAGGUGCUGGAGCAGCUCAACCGGAGCGGGAGCUGGAAGUGGCUCCUGCACCACGGGGAGAGCAGGAAACUCCGAGGGGACCUCAGGGCCGACGCUGACGGCCGCAGGAAGCAGCUGCUGCUGCGUUGGUGCCGCGGCGCGGAGCUGCUGGAGCCGCUGCCCUUCCACGGCUGCGACGCGGCGCCGGCUCCGGAAUCGCGGCGCGUCCAGUGCCUGCUGGAGCUGCAGGUGCGGCACAUCCGCGCCAGGUUCGCCGUCUAUCUCACAGAAAAUCCCGGCGGCAGCAGCAGGGAAAUCCUGGAAAGCAAAGGAAUUCUGGUGGCUGACGUCAACACCUUCCUGGGGACGGUGCAGAAAGUGGCUGCUCCCUUCAGAAGGAGCUACUGGUGACGGAGCAGAGCCACGGACACGGAGCAGAGCCACGGACACGGCUCCUCCCCAGGCCCUGGGGCACCGGUUUGGGCAUCCCAGUCCUGUGGGGACAUCCACAGCCAUCCCAGUGGAUCCCAGACACCCAUCCUGGUGGAUCCCAGACACCCAUCCCGGUGGAUCCCAGACAUCCAUCCAGGGGAUUCUCACACCCAUCCCGGUGAAUCCCAACCACCGGUGGAUCCCCACACCCAUCCUGGUGGAUCCCCACCCCCAUCCCAGUGGAUCCCCACCCCCAUCCCAGUGGAUCCCCAUCCUGGUGGAUCCCGGCCGCUGCUGGGGGAUCUGUUUUGGCUCUGUACAUAAAUGUUAUUUAAAGGCGGGGAGCACAAACCCUCUGGGAUCCGUUCCCCUCCUUCCACUCUCCACGGAAAAGGUUCUGACGGCACCCGGAAAUCACCGCAGACCUUCCAGGCCUUCGGUGCCCUUGAGAUUCACCUCAAGUCAAUUUUCCCAAAGUUUCCUGGAGGUUGGGAAGGAGCAGAAAUCCGUUUUCCACACUGCUACCGUUGCUGCUACCGUUCAGGCCCACGCUACGCUCCAGCUGCCCCCGGUUCCAGUUCCUGCCCGCGGAAUCCUCGGAGGGAGCGGGAAGCCGGGAUGGGGGAACGGGAGUUGUUCCUUACGGGGAAACGCCGCGUCCGAGCCCCAAUCCCAAGCCGGCUCCGUGGGCCAGGGGCCUCCUUGGAGUUUUGUUUUGAAAUCCCAGAGUGCGAGGCCGUUCUGUACAGGAUGACUUUGUAAAGAGUUUGAUUAAUAAAA